AUGGUCAAUGAUUCCAAAUAUUUUGUGAAAUGCAGAGGAUCCGAGCUUUUAGCGGAGUUUCGGGAAGCUACCAACUCCAAGAAGGAGAAGAAUACUCUUUUGAAAAAGAAGAAUGUUUUGAAGAAGUUUCUAGCCAAUAUUACAGUGGAAAGUACAGAUAUCAUUGAUGUAUUUACUGAGGUAAUCAAACUAUACAAAGAAGCUCAACAAAGUAGUCUAGAUCAAGAACUACGAGUUAUGAUUUAUCAUUGUUUGCGGUCCACAAAUCAUUACCGUAGUGAGGAUAGGGAACAGGUGAUCGAGUUGUUAUUGCGUGAUUACUACAGUAAAUCAAUUCCUGCUCAUAUAAAGGGCCUGGCUUUACAAACCCUCACUUCCAUCCCAAAUGAACAUUUCAUCCAAGCAUCUAUUCCCGCUGUCAAGAAAUCAUUACAUGAUCAAGAUCCACACGUGAGAAAAACCGGUUGCUUUUGCGUAGCAAGAAUAUAUGAGUUUGACCUUCAGAUUGGCAAUGACGCACACUUGAUUGACCAUUUAAACGAUAAAUUAGACGAUGGAAAUCCUUCGGUUGUCUCUAGUGCUCUUGUAGCGCUCUCAGAUAUUACAGAGAAAGUGGAGGAGUUUGAAUUUAGUAUUUCAGAGGACCAUGCAUUUGAGCUCUUGGAUAUCCUUCCUACCAUCAACGAGUGGGCACAAGCCAGCAGUCUGUCUUCUAUUCUAUACUUUGCUCCCGAUUCUCAAGCCACUGCUUGUGAGAUCAUAGAUAAAGUUUUGCCUUAUUUACAACAGUCCAACAACGAAGUAGUUUUGAAUGCCUUGAAAGUGAUAAUUUACAUGUCGAAUUACAUAAUGCACCCCGAGGAUUUGAUUCCCCAGUUGCCCAAGAGAAUUGGAUCAGCGUUGGUUAGUGUGUUGAAUUCUGGACCAGAAAUUCAGUUUUUGUUACUUCGAAACACCAUUUUGUUACUUCUAAGCAAGUUCAAUCUAGUUAGCUUAAAUGUGACCUCCUUUUUCUGUCGUUAUAACGACCCGAUAUACAUAAAGGAUACCAAACUUGAGAUCAUUUAUCUUCUAGCCAAUGAGGAGAAUUUGCAUAUUAUUUUAGAAGAGUUGGAAGAGUAUGCCAGAGAUUCAGACGUUCAAAUGUCACGUAAAGCAAUCAGAGCAAUUGGAAACUUGGCCAUAAAAUUAGAAGAUAUAGCAACUGACGCCGUUCUUGUUCUGUCUGAUCUGAUUGAGUCGAAAGUGCCACAUAUUCUACAAGAAGUUGUUGUAGUUUUCAAGAGAAUUGUUCGAAGGUAUCCCUACCUUCACAGCAAAAUGUUGAACAAUCUGAUGGAAAACAUUGAUAUGAUUGAAGAACCAGGGUCCAAAUUGGCUAUUGUAUGGUUAAUUGGCGAGUACAAUACAGCAAUGGAAAAGAAUGCCGUAUCUUUACUCAAAAAAAUUGGGCAAAAUUUCAGAGAGGACAAUUCUGAAGUUCAGUUGGCAUUUUUAACAGCAUUAAUUAAAGUCUAUUUAAACUUUUCGGCUGAUAAAAUGUGUGAAGACCUCGUAGUUGAAACUUUCAGGACAGCUACAGAAGAUAUCGGGAAUAUUGAUGUUAGAGAAAGAGGGUUUUACUACUGGAGGUUACUUUCUAACAGAAGAGACUUUCCUAAUGCUAUUGAGGAAAUAGUCAACGCCAAGCUCCCAGUGAUCUCUUCUGAUCCCGAUAAUUUGGACACUAGAGUUCUGGAGGAAUUAGAAAUGAACAUAGGAACUCUCGCAUCAAUAUACCUGAAGCCUGUAUCUCAUGUUUUCAGACUGAACAAGGUUAAGGAGCUACAACACACUUCGGCUUUGAAAAGAGAGCACUCCUCAGUUUUUGCGGCACAAAAAAACCAUUCUUCAAAAACUCUAAGACUUAGAAGCUCCAGUAGUUUGACCUACCGAAAUAAGUCUGCUUCAUCACUUACUCCAAUUGAGGCUGAGUUCAAGUUUAAUCGUCAACAAGCAGGUCAACGAUACUCCAGUAGCAAAGCUGAUGACACUGACUCAGACACCAUGGUCGGGUCCUUGGAUAUUUCUGGAAGUCGCAAGCAAAAAAACUCUCUAGGUCUUACCAGGCGAAUGAGUAAAUUGGGAAGAAAGUUGACGAUCAGUAGAUAA